AUGGCAACAAGAAAUAUUUUUGCAUUAGUUUUAGUUUUUUACUUCUUUGCCAAAAGUGAGUGUUCCAUAGUAAAGCUCAACAAUGGGGGAUAUGAAGAUAUAGUUAUCGCCAUCAAUCCUAAUGUCAAGGAAGAUCUGCUGAUCAUUGAGAAUAUUAAGGAAAUGGUGAAAGAAGCUACAGAAGUUCUAUUUGAUGCGACAGACAAAAAGUUCUAUAUACGUGGUGUGAAGAUUUUGAUUCCCAAGUCCUGGUCUAAAAAAAAUUAUAAUAAACCCAAAACAGAAACCUAUGAUAAGGCAGAUAUUAUCAUCACUGAGCCUACCGUGCAGCAUGCGAAUGACCCUUACACACAACAGUAUGGAAAGUGUGGAGAACCAGGCAAAUACAUUCACCUUACACCUGAAUUUAUGACUGAUGACUGGCUUAUCUCAGCGUAUGGACCCCGAGGCAGAGUGUUUGUCCAUGAAUGGGCUCACCUCCGUUGGGGUGUUUUUGAUGAGUACAGCUCGGAUAAUCCUUUCUAUAUUACAGGGAAAAGUACUGUGGAGGCUACAAGGUGCUCUGCUGCCAUUUUAGGUGAAAACAAAAUUCAGAAAUGUCAAGGAACAUCCUGUAAGGUUUCUCCAUGUGACCCCGACCCCAAAACCGGACUCUUCGAAGCAGGUUGUCUUUUUGUGCCUGAGCAGUUUCAGUCUGUCCCAGAAUCAUUAAUGUACAUGCAGGCUCUUCCUAGUAUCAUUAAGUUCUGUAAUGGAAGUAACCACAACACCGAAGCUCCAAACAUGCAAAAUAAAAUGUGCAAUUCCAAUAGCAUAUGGGAUGUGAUCAUGAGCUCCGAUGAUAUGAAGUCCACAAAUACAAAUCCGGGCCUCAGUAUUCCUGUCCCCACAAUCACACUCCUGCAGUUUCCAGAUCGAGUGGUGACUUUAGUGCUGGACGUCUCUGGAAGCAUGGCUAGUUAUAAUCGUAUUGGACGUUUGUACCAGGCUGGAGAAGUUUUUCUCAUUCAGGUUAUUGAGAUUGAUACUUAUGUUGGAAUGGUGACAUUUUCAAGUUCUUCCACGGUUAAAUCCUCAUUAAUCCAAAUAAAAAGUGACGCACAUCGUCAGCAGCUAAAACGACUCCUUCCAACGACAGCGAGUGGAGGAACAAACAUAUGUCCUGGGCUUGAGGCAGGAAUUCAGGUAAAUAAAGGACUGUCUGGCUCAUCUGAUGGAACUGAAGUCAUAUUAGUAUCAGAUGGAGAAGACAAUUAUGAUACCAACCUUUGCGUCCCACGAAUCUUAGCGAGCGGUGCCAUAAUUCAUGUUGUAUUUCUCGGAGCUGCUGAAGAACCAAAACUAAAAGAGAUUGCAAAAGCUACAGGUGGAAAAACGAUUUUGUCCACAGAUAAAUUGGAUGCACAAGGUUUAAUUGAUGCCUUUAGUUCAAUUUCAGCUAGUGAUGGAGAUAUUACCAAACAGUCUAUACAGCUGGAAAGCACUGCCUCAAGCCUUCAACCUGCUAAAUGUCUGAAUGGCAUCGUUUUCAUUGACAGCACGGUGGGGAAUGACACUUUCUUUCUGGUAACUUGGCAAACUGCAGUACCGAAUAUUAAUUUGGAAGAUCCAAAAGGGUAUAUAUAUACAGCGGCACAGUUUGUCAAUGACACCACUUCUAAAUCAUCAAGGCUUGCCAUCCCAGGAACAGCAGAGAGAGGACCCUGGAAUUACAGUCUCUGCAAUUCCCGUAGUUCAGUUGAAACAUUAGGUUUAGUUGUGAAUUCUAAAGCUUCAGAUGCAAAAGUUUCUCCCAUUGUUGUAAAUGCUCAUAUGAACCAAGACACAAACCAGUUUCCCAACCCUAUGGUUAUCUAUGCAUCAGUAAGUCAAGGACUGAUGCCUGUGACCGGAGCAAAGGUUACUGCAAUGAUUGAACCUGUCAGUGGGGCCAUACUGACCCUAGAACUUCUGGAUAACGGAGCAGGUCCUGAUAUUAUGAAGAAUGAUGGAAUAUAUUCAAAAUACUUUACACAAUUCUCAGCAAAUGGAAGAUAUGGUUUAAAGGUGCAAGUGGAAAACAAUGCUAAGGGCAAGAGUCGAUUGGUCCUCCCCAAGAACCGCGCUCUCUAUGUUCCAGGAUAUAUAAUAAAUGGCACUGCGGUCAUGAACCCUCCACGCCCUGAAAUUGCUGAUGAAGACCUUAAUGUUGGAGAAUUCAGCAGAACAGCUUCAGGAGGAUCUUUUGUGGUAUCUAAUGUGCCCCCAGGUGGUCCUCCUCCUCAGCAAGAUCUCUAUAAACCUGAUACAAUAACUGAUUUAGAGGCAAAGAUCGAUAAUGAUACGAUUGUGUUAUCUUGGACUGCCACUGGUGAUGAUCUGGACCAGGGGAAUGCUUCAAGCUAUGACCUAAGAAUAAGCACAAACCCCAAUGAACUCAGAACCAACUUUGAUGGAUCAGCACUGGUCAACAUUGCCACUCUUACACCUUUACCCGCUGGAUCCAGAGAAACAUUCUCUUUUGUGCCACAAAAUGUUGUUAUAAAAAAUGGCACUGUCCUUUUCUUUGCUUUAGUUGCUGUUGAUAAAGUCGCUAAACGAUCAGAUGUAUCAAACAUAGCCCAGGCCGCUCUCCUUAUCCCCCCAACACCAGCUCCUACAACUGAAUCCACUACAACCAAACUGACCACUACUGAAUCCACUACAACCAAACUGACUGUUGAUCCCCCCUCUGAUGGACUGAACAUAACAGAAAUUACACUGAUAGUGUGCGCAGCUGUUGUUGCCAUCUGUAUCAUUAUAAGUAUUACUGUCUGCAUUGUCAGCUGUCAAAGAAGGAAACGUAAUCCAGAAGUGAGAGUAUGA